AUGGAUUUUCGCCAGCUGCUAGUUGCAGUUCUUCUCGCCAUUUCACCAGAAUUUACACCUGUUCGCUGUCAGUUGGCCUGCAAUGCCAAUGGUUUGGCCAGCCGGCAGAAGCGUCUGGUGGUUCGCAGUCCGGCGAGCGGGGAUCUGGCCAAGUUGGACUCCUGCCAGUAUCGUGUGGCCCCGUGGAGCGGCCAGGUGUGUCAGGUGCGCGUGGACUUCGAGCGCUUGGAGCUGCCGCAGCUGCAGUUGAAUGCCACUUCCGGUCUGCUGGAGUGCGUCGAUUUUCUGCAGCUUCAGCGUUUUCGUAUCUGCGGUCGCAACAGCGGUCAGCACUUGUAUCUACCGAUUCGUCGCGGUCAGGAGCUGCAGCUUUUAUUUCGACUUGCCACGCCCCUCGGCAAACAGUCCACCUGGCAGUUGACCCUCACUCAACUGGAGUGUCCCUUGGAUUCGAGUUCGCUUUCUAUAAGGCAACCAGAGGUGAUUCAACCCACUGUGCGACCCAUUUUGCCCUUCUUGGGUAACUUUCUGCCACGCACGAUUUUUAGUGGGCAAUCUGGUUUAGGUUCGGGCUCUGGACCAGCUGCCCAGUUCAUCAAGACCUUGACCUCUCCCUCGAUGGCCGAUCUGGAGAUGCUGGCUCCUCUGGGCUGCGAUCAGUACUUCAGAACGGAAACUGGCGGCAUUGUGAGCUUCAACUUCGCUGGCGGCACCUACAUGCCCAACAUGAGGUAUUCGAUUUGUGUCAGGGGAACGGCAGACAGCGAGAUAAGCUACAAGAUCGACCACUUUGCGCUCUCGAAGGCGAAUGCAGAGCAGUCAGGACCCGCUUACGACACCGACUGCCGCAGUACAGUGGUGACUCCGCUGCGCGUAUCCGACUACCUGAGCAUUCCCAACUCCUACAUGGUUGGGCAGACGAACCUGCAGGCCACUUAUUACUGUGGCAAUGGGUUGGCUGGAAGGGAAUUGAUCGGACGGCCGCCGUUUGUCCUGCGAUUCGCCAGUGAUUCGCAGUCCAGUGCCUCCGAAACGGGUUUCCAGCUGACCUACUCGGUCCGCAGGAGUUCGCAGGACUCCCCAGUGACCCCAGAACUGUAAAUCGUAAAUCGUAAAUCGGCAUCAAUAAAGCCGCAGUCUUAACUAAAUCAACGCACACAAGUCAACUGGAAUUGACAUUAUUAAAUGUUGCAGUGAUACUCUUGC